AUGGACUAUUUCCCAGAUUCUGUGUGGGUGUUCAUGCUUGCAGCCUGUGCCAGUGAAUCCAGAAUGCAAUGGCUGGAGGAGCACAGUGCUGAUACCAUGACAGCACACACUAAUCUGCAGCUGGCCCAUAUACCUAGGCCUCGUUUGUAUCGCGAAAGACGUUUGCUAGAUGGUAUACGAGAGGAUAGUGUGGUAAAGCUUUACCGCCUUUCCCCCUCAGCAAUUUAUGAGCUAUAUGAGCUCUUACAUGAGGAUUUGGAGCCCAAAAUGCCAACAAACAAAGCAGUGCCUGGGAUGUGCAAACUUCUUGGUGCAUUGCAUUUUUUGGCAUCUGGCACAUAUCAACCCACUUUAGCCGAAGUGGCUGGUAUGUCUCAGGCAACGUUUUCCCGUUGCCUGAACCAAUUUCUCAAAGCUAUAUUAAAACACACUGGGAAAUUUAUUACAUUUCCCCAGUGUGAUGCUGAGUGGCGUGCUGUGAAGGGGGAUUUUUAUGAGCUUGCGCAAAUGCCCAAUGUGCUUGGUGCAAUAGACUGCACCCACAUUGCAAUGACUGCGCCAAAGCAAAUGGAAGAAUAUUUCCGAAACCGUAAAUUCUUCCAUUCGCUUAAUGUCCAGAUGGUUUGUGAUGCAAACCUAAGGAUAAUGAAUGUGAAUGCACGCUUUCCUGGGUCCACUCACGAUUCCUUUAUCUUGCAGCAGUCUGCAAUCUGCCGUCUGUUUGAGGAAGGUGCUUUUCCAAACGUCUGGCUGUUAGGUGAUGCUGGAUACGGGAAUCGGUCGUGGCUGCUCACUCCUCUGUCAGAUCCACAUGGUACUGCUGAAAGGCGGUAUCAAAAGGCCCACAAAAAGACCAGAGUCGUUAUAGAACAAACUUUUGGCGUUCUUAAAAGCCGAUUUAGGUGCCUAGAUCGUGGCAAGGGUCUUCUUCUCUAUUCUCCAUCCAAAGUUUGCAGUAUAGUAGUUGCAUGCAGCAUUCUGCACAACAUCUGUAUUGCAAACAAACUGGAGAUGGUGAUUGAUCCAUUGGUUCCUUUGGAUCUGAACCUCAGUUCAGUAGUACCUAAUGUGAUUGAUAUGGGGAGUGAUACCAGGCAGGAUGUAAUUGCGGGAUUCUUUAGUUCUUACCGCACUUACAAGACAAUGAUUAAAAAGAGGCACAUAAAAUCAACUCCUAUGGACAUAUCACCAAGAUGA